AUCACGUGACAAGUAUGGCGGACAGCGAUGAAGAUAGUUAUAAUUCACCCUCCCCUUCAGAAAAACAUGUAGAAGCACAGGGGCCUCGAGUGGUCACAAUUUAUAAAACAGAGACUGGUUUUGGAUUUAAUGUAAGAGGACAAAUAAGUGAAGGAGGAGUGCUUAAAUCAAUUAAUGGUGUGUUAUACGCUCCCCUUCAACAUGUUAGUGCUGUUCUGGAAGGCGGCGCAGCUCAGAGAGCUGGUAUUCGGAAAGGAGACAGAAUUUUGGAAGUAAAUGGAAGUAAUGUUGAAGGUUCAACCCAUAAGCAAGUAGUCGAUUUAAUAAGAUCAGGGGGUGAUACCCUUACACUUACAGUUGUUGUAGUUAUUUCAGUACCAGAUCAAGUAGCAGAUAAAUUAGAACCCAGUGAUGACUCAUCGGGACCAUCAUAUAUAGAUUAUUCUGAACGUAGAUCAUUACCUAUAUCAAUACCUGAUUACCAGUCAGUAGAGCAUGAGGGCGAAAAAUUUGUGAUAUAUAAUAUUUAUAUGGCUGGAAGACAUUUGUGUUCUAGACGAUACAGAGAAUUUGACACAUUACACAAUAAUAUCAAAAGAGAAUUUCCCGACUUUAAUUUCCCUAAAUUACCAGGUAAAAAACUCUUCCACCUGUCUGAGCAGCAGUUAGACCAAAGACGUCGAGGAUUAGAGCAAUAUUUAGAGAAAGUUUGUGCUGUUCGUGUUAUUGGUGAUAGUGAUCUGGUACAAGAAUUUUUAUCCGCGGGAGAAUCAGAAACUGAUAAUAUAGGUAGUGAUGUAGAAUUAAAGGUUAUGUUACCAGAUAGAAACUUAUGUGUGGUUACAAUCCGUCGUAAUGAUAAUGCUGAUCAAGUUUUUGAGGCUGUGGUAGUAAAAUUAAACUUAACAGAAAAAGCUGCCCAAUGUUUUUAUUUAUUUGAAACAGUCGAAUACAAUUUUGAUAGAAAACUUCAACCACAUGAGUUACCUCACAAUAUUUAUAUACAGAAUUAUAGUACAGCUACAGCAACUUGUAUAACUGUACAAAGAUGGUUCUUCUCAUUGACUAAAGAAUUGGCACUAAAUAUUGAUGAACGAGCUUUAUCAUAUUUAUACUGGCUGACUGUUGAUGAUAUCAGUAGAGGUCAUGUCAAAACAGGAGAUAAAUUAUACGAGUUAAAGGCAUUAAAAGAAUCAUCAAAAGUGCAAGAGUACUUGAAGGUGGCAAGAAGGUUAGAAGGUUAUGGUGAGGUUGUCUUUCCACACUGUGCGUGUGAUUCAAGACGAGAUGGUCAUGUGAUUGCUAGAAUAGGUAUAGAAUGUUUUAAAUUACAAGCUUGUCAAGAAAAUGGAACAGCUGAGUCUCAAGUGAUAGAAUUUUCAUGGAAAGAUGUAUUGUCAUAUGAAGUAGAUGAAGAAGGAAUGUCUUUUAACUUUGAAUACCAUCGACAAGGAAAAAAACCUAGAAUAGUCAAAAUUUUCACACAAUAUUUUUAUUAUAUGAAUGAUUGUUUUAAUAAAGUUUAUGAAGAACUAGAAGAAAAAUAAUGCUCAAGUUGACUAACUGAUGUCAAAUACAGCUUUUAUUAUUGAGAUGUAGAUUGUGACACCACCAACUGUUGAUUCAGUUUAUAUUGUAUAAAACAACAAGGAACUAGUUUCUUUUCAAAUAGUGCUUCAAGUACUUACUGUACAUAUAAAGGACACAUUGUGCUGUAUUAUAUUUACAUACAGUUGAUAGCAGUUUGUUUUUCUUUCUUAUAAAAUACAUUUGUGUGGUCGUUUCCAUAUAUACACCUCUGUCACUCAACCUAAUUCAAUAUUAAUCUUAAAUCUCUUUCUGUAACAUAAUUUUGAUAAACAUGGGUAAGAGCGAACACAACUGCAAUGAAAUGAACUAAAUGGUUUAAAUUUGGUAGAAAAUGACCUCAUUACUACUCACAGAUUUUUAUAUUUGAGAAAGUUAUCAGAAUUAUAUUUUAAAAUGGCAGAAGAGAUUAAGAUUAUAUAUUAACUACAUUGAGUCAUAAACAAGAUCAAAAUAAAUAGCCGUCAAAUAUUCUGGUUAUUUUAUUAGUGAUGGUUUUAUUUUUUAUCAAAAGUUAUAUUUAUGUUAUUGUGUUUCUUGUUAUAAGCAUAGUUUGCAACUUAUUAUUAAUGGUGCUUCAGUUUGGCAUAUUAUCGUUUGACGAUAUAAUUGAAUCACAUAAGACAUCAAAUUACUUAUGGUUUAAUCCACGAUGAAAUAAACUCAAAUGGAUUAUUUAACUGUUUAUUAAUCUAGGUUGGAUUCAGCCAGAUUUAAAAGAGGUCUAUCAAUAGAUUUUAGCUGAACUUAUAGGUGACAUUGUCAUGUUUGUAGCGGUUAAACCUUAAAUAAAACUGCCCAAAAAUUAUGUCAAAAGAGAAAACAACCUUUAAAUAAAACUGCCCGAAAAUUAUGUCAAAACAGCCAUAAAAUAUCAAAACGACCAAUUAUGAUAAAUAUUUGUUAUUCACCAUAAUGAUAUAUGUACAUAAAUUUUGAGCUGAUUAAAAUGUAUUUGUGUCCAUUUUGGUUGAUGGCUGUUAUGACCAUAUCCCUUUUAUUUUGACUGCAGAGGAUGUCAAAUAUUGCACAAAAUUUUGAACAAAAUCGAAUCAUUUUUGGGCUGAUAUACAUUUUAGAGAUUCUAACUUCACAAUUUAUAGUAGAAUUUUGUAGGAAUAUUACUGACAUAAAUUUAAAUACCGUAUGUCAAUUAAAUAUGAAAAAUGACGAGGUGCACCCACUUUUUUAUUAGUAUGAAUUGGAAUAUUUUGUUGACCAGAAUUUUAAUUGUGGUCUGAAACCGCCUAUUUAAAUAACAAUAAGAGUUAUGCCCCUUUAUUUUCGGUAAAAAUGUAAAAAACAAUUGAAAUAGCAACAUUGUACUAGAUAUAAGGAAUUCAGAAUCCCUCAAAUGACGAUAAGCAGCCGUUUGAUCAACCCACAACAAGAUAUUUUUUGGCCAUUGAUAAUAUAGAUGGGUGGAAAUGUAAUUUGAUAUAGAAUACAAGAAUGUACAGUAAUGGAUGUAUACUGUCACAUUACAAUUGUGUUUGCGGUGGCAAAAUCUCCUCCUGCUUUGAACAGUUCUAUGUUAGUAUCAAAAUAAUAAAAAUAUAGUGUUGAUGUGAAGUGCUAUCAAAAUUCAUGUUAUAUAUUUUUAAUUUCAUCUCGGCUAAUUAGGCUUUUUUUGGAACAUCUAUCACAUAUUUUUAAUGUCAUGAAUUUGUCCGGCAUCAAGUGUAAAAUGAAAUGGUGUUUAAUGUCCUUCUGUUCUGCUCUGGCUGUGCUUAUGAAGACAGUCAUACACCAUCUAGUGUGCUAUGAGGUAAAUUUUGCUCGGACAGCGACACAAUGGAGUACUGUUAUAUUGAAUUUCUACUGCCAAAGGUUCUUUUACGUGCAUGCCAAUGUGUACACAUUGUCCCAUCCGAACAACUUUACGUUGAAGUUUGCUAGGCCCUCUGUCCUACACCACUGACAAGGGGAAACCAUGUUGGAAAAUCCACAUAAACUUUCUCAACCAACACCAGGAUCAAAAACCGGACCUCCAGAUUAGCGAAUCUACAUCCUACUCACUGAGCCACCACUUCUCCAACAGUAAUAUGAGUAACUGAAUUACCAGUAAUAAUAAGUUGUAGAUGUUUGUGUAUUGUAUAUGUCCUGUAUUAAUAAUGCAAGUAAUAAAAUUCCAACUUAAUCAGGUUAUUUGAUAGAUUUAUGUCUACACCAAUAAUUAGACUUCCAAAACAUAUGUUAUUGUGUGAUAUAAUACAUAUUGCAUUUAUUAAUUAGUUAGAAUUACAUCAUAUUAUGCUUUAGAUCUACUUGAAUAUUCAAGAAAAUGAAGAAAUUAAAGGACUGGUUCUACAAAAAUUGUUUACAGUGGUGUAAACAUAUUCUGUUUAAGGAAUAAAGCCAACAAAACAUCACCAUUAUUUUCAUUGCCAUGAGUGAUGUACUCAUUUUUAUAAUAAUAUUCAGUGUCCCCCCAAAAAAAACUGCCAUCACAAAACUAGCUUAGUCGACAAAAGACAGGUUUCUUUUUUAAAUUUGUUUUUUCAAAAUUAAGGUCUUUCCCCCAUUACCUGGUGAUAUAUAGUUUGUGAAACAAAAGAUUAAUGCAACCAAAUCCAGGUGAACUUGAAAUGCAGUAUUGAAAUGACCUGCGAAAUGACUUUUUACAGAAUUCAUAUGACUGGCGAUCAUGAUCAUUCUCUUAUUUCUGUUGACCGAUUGCAUUUCAUUUUCUGGCAGCAUUUAUUUUUUUGUUUUACAGUAUUAUGUGUUACGCAGGCAGAGCCUGGGAAAUAUUGGAAGGGGAGUAAGACCAUAUUCAUUUUGAAUUUAUAAUUGGUGUUAGAAACGAGUUGACACACAAAUCUGAUCUGCAAUUUUUAAAGAUUCAGUAUUGUUAUAAAAAUCAAACAGAUCUGGUCUUUGAAGUUGAUAGUGCUGGGUAUUGCCACUGCAAUCAUUAUAGGAUACAUAUUGCGAUUCAGGUGCUACGAUAUGAUUCGUAUCACGAUUCAUAACCAGGUCAAUAUUUAUCAAGAAAACAACAGGAUAAAUGUAUAAUUGAUAUUUUUAGUUCUGCCGAUGUCGAAGAAAUAAAACUGUUUUAUAUCAAGAUAUUGAUAUGGAUCGAAAUAAGGACCAAAACAAUUUAAGAGUUUUUGUGUACCUAUGGAUAAAGUGUGACGUGGAUAAUUAAGAAUGAUAGGUUACUUACUGAAGCGAGAAAAAAAAAAGAAUCAUGAUACAUUGAUUCUGUGUCUCUCGAUUCAAUACGCAAAUCGUGAGAAACUGAAUCGCGAUACAUUGUUUCAACAAUAUAUCAGGCCAGCACUAGUAGUUGACGAUAAUAUAGCAUGCAAACUAAUUUACUCUUACAAUCCCCAAUUCUGAAAUUAGUUGGCGACCAAAUAAGGUUUGGUUACAGUAAGUGACGUUCAUGAAGGAUAGGUGUCAACAUAGGUCUAGCCUGUUCCCCAAUCCAAUUUCAAAUGAAAUAAAUAUUGUUUAUCCCCAAAAAAUGAAGGAUACACAUUGGGUAUUACUUAAGAAUAUUGUUAGUACCAACGAAUAUCGAAUAUCGCAAGAAAAGCUUAAAUAAGAAUUUUGUUUUGCCCCAAUAUAGACAUAUUUUGAGGUUUUCCAAAUCCUGCGUCAAUCAGAUUUUAUGAUUAUAAACUAAUACCAUAUUUGAUAUUAAAAUAAUUAAAAUUUAUAUCUAUCAUCAGUGUUUGUAUUGUCAUAUAUAUUCAAAGCAAAAUAAAAGCAUUUGAUAUGCAUUAAUAUUUAAAGCAUAUUUUACAUGCACAGAUCCAAUUAAUAUGGGUUUUAUUACAAAUUUUAUUAAGGAUCCAUGUAUAUUUAUUGACUAUUUGUUAAUUUACCAUUGCAGGUCAUUGAUAGAUAUUAUUUAUUUAAAAUACAUAUUUAAAUAAACAAUUGUUAUCUUUGUGUUAUAGCUAAUCAUUAAAAUAGCAUCAAGUCAUA